CUGGACUCUGGAGAGAUCCACGGCGGAUUGAUCAAAGCACGUCACGAAGCUGAUCUUCAGUUCAGUCUGUGAUCUGUGUGUGUUUGGGAUGUUGGAUCAUCAGUGUGUGUCUCCAGUCAUCGAGGUCUUUAUUCCGUCUCUCAUGAGGGAAGUGGACGAGACGGGAAAGUUGCGUAAACUCUUCAGGGUGGAGAUUCUCUUCAAUGGAAGGAAACACUUUGUUUUGCGGCGAUACAGUGAUUUUCAGACGCUUCACAGGAAGCUGAAGAAGAUUGUGCGCGCUCCCGAUUUCCCUAGUAAGAGAAACCAGCACCUGCGAACCAAACCACUGGAGCAAAGACAACAGGAACUGGAAGACUACAUCCAGGUGAUUCUGUAUCAGAAUGAUGUUGUUCCUCAAGAGCUCCUGGACUUCCUGCAGGUCAAACAUUUUCAUUCAGCGAGCAAGACCUGCAGCUCUGAUGAAAACCACUCGGAUGACUGUCAAGAGCAAGGAUACAGAUUUCAGUCAUUCCAUCAGAGAGUAGUUGGUUUCUCGGCAGACCCUUACCAGCUUGAAUCCAGAUCAGAUCUCCCUGAUAUCGUGGCGGCCGGUGUCCUGCAGGGUAUGUACCCCAGAGACGUCAAAGUGAGUUUCAAGAAGAGCUGUGGUAAACCCAGUGUCCUCGCCUGUGCACCAGAGCUGCCCGUGUAUCCCAGAAUCCCCAUCAUUACCAUAAACAGAAGUGACAUCAGGUCCCUGCCAGAGUCACGGAGAACAUAAGUGCAUCGCUGCAGUGUUGCCUAGCAACUCCACCUGUCUAAAUCUGCCUUUGCAUGUUUAUAUCGACUGAAUCUCGUCUAGAAACGGUCUAGGCCAUUUUCCAAUCUUAAAAUCUAAGAAAAUAGUUAAGAUUUUUUUUUUAGGAGCCCCAUCAAU